AUGAACGCAGCAGCCGACGUAACGGAUGCCGCUUCUCGGCUCGCCGAAUUCGCCGACGAAGCUAUCCAUUUCUUCCAGAAACUCUUUUCUCAUGAAGAGUCCGCUUUAAGACGAGUCAAAGAACUGGGGGCUUUAUCGAAGCUAGCAAAAGAGGUUCAUCUGAAGCCUUCAACUAACGACGAUGACAGUCCAGAAGAGCUUGAAUUUAUGGAACAAAUGUUACUUCAUUGUUCUGAGAUUAUAAGAGACAUCUUGGCUGAGUUUAAUUGGAACAAUAAUGACCGCGAUCUCGUUCUGAAUGAGUCUGGGCUGUUGAGUUUAUAUGAUGAUCUGAAUGGAAAUAGAGCCAGCGGCCUCUUUGAAGAUCUAGAACGAGAACAAAUGUGCCUUACAGCUUUCCGAGAGUCAGAAUUCAAAACACUCUCUAGAGUGCCUAACGCCUCUCCACUUCGCCUGAAAUAUUCCAACUCUAUUAGCGAACGCGAGAAAGAGCUUUUGCACUAUUUGUUCGUCACAGACCCACGGCAAGACCUGGCAUCACUUGAACUGGUAAAGGGCAAUAUUCUUGAAGGAACUUGCUCCUGGAUCACUGAACAGCUUGAGUUUCGUUAUUGGCUACUAUUUCCCAGCAAGUUUAAAGGUCUUAUCAUUGAAGGAAGCGAAGGUACAGGCAAGACCAUGCUCGCCAUCUAUCUCGCCAAGCAAUUGGAGCGGCUGUACAAACGCAUGCCUGACAACACAGUUAUCUACUUCUUCUGUAACCAAGGCGACAUCUUCAAAAGCUCUGCAACAACCGUUCUUCGUGGACUUAUAUGGCAACUGGGCAAAUUAAAACCAGAACUCUUAUGUCACGCGCUGAAAAAAGUUGAAGCUCAUGGUAGUGAGCGAGUGGUUAUGGCAAGGGGUUCUUUUGGAACCAUGUGGCAGAUUUUCGUGGCAAUGAUCCGAGAUCCGUCGGCAGACAACAUCACUUGCAUUCUCGAUGGAAUCGAUGAGUGUGAUACAUCAUCGGUCAAAGCUCUGUCAGACCGAUUUUCUGACUUGCUGACCAUGCGAACAAGCCCUCAGAACUUCAAAUUGCUCUUAACUUCUCUCUUGAUACCCCCCGCCAUGAAAUUCAAAGACGCCUUUUCGAGCUUGUCUCUGAAUUCUGAAUUACAAGAGAACAUUACCAAAGACGUCGAGCUCUAUAUAGAGACGAACGUCAAGAGGAUUGCACAAGAUAAGAGCUGGCACCAAGAACUUCAAAAUCAGGCCAUGGAGGCCUUCGGCACAAGACCUAAUCAGUCAUUUCACUGGGCGACAUUGGUGAUUCUCGACCUUGAAUACGAAGCUCAAGCUCACAUACCGAUGUACCUCAAGUUCUUAACCAAUAGCACCGACACAAUCUACCACAGAACGCUACAGUAUUGCCCAUUCAAAUACAGAGAACGGACACGGCUAUUACUCAUCUGGGUAUUUCUUGCAUUCAAUCCCCUCUCUCUUGAAGAACUGAACAUCUUGAUGGGCGAUCAAAUCUCAGCCCCAGAUACUGGACUUGAGAAUCUCAGGACAUGCGUAAAAUUCUGCAGAGCUUUUCUCUUUAUCAGGCCGGAGAUCAGGAAGUCUGGCCUGGGAUAUGAGACUGUGGAGACGGUUCACUUAUCUCAACGCUCACUCAAGAAUUUCCCAACUCGAUACGUCACGGGCGAAAAUUCUGGUCCAGGAAUCUUUCGAAUAUUUCCCGAAAAGGAUCAUGAGCGUGUUGCGUCUCGGUGUUUGGAUGUGAUGGAGGAGUUACUUCCCGCCUGGUCAAAAGGAAUAGCAGACGAAAAAUGCAAUUUAGUACUCCCCUAUGCGACACGAUUCUGGUUUCGACAUCUAAGAGAAUGCCCCCAAAAGCUUCAAGAUGAAAAACUAGCAUCAAGGGCAAUGUCUUUUUUGACGCAGGGUCAUGUCAACCGAGGACUCUGGUUCACGUACCUUUCCGACCUCAGAGAUGCACAAGAACACAUAAAGGCUCCGUGGACUGCAAUCAAACACGGUCAUCACUUUCCCACUAUCAACGGACUCGGAGUGAUCACUGAUAUCAUCCUUUGCGAAGAACCGAAGGAUUUUACCUCGGCAGAUAAGCUCAACGCUUUACAACUAGCUUCACUGCUUGGCAUGACGCCAAUUGUUCGCAAGAUUAUCGAUACAAUAAGCUUAUUGAGGUACUUGAGACAAACCAAUAUUCGGUCUUCGCUCUACGGUUUCUUUUAUACACAACCCAGGGGCGAGGCUCGUCUGAUAGGCACGCGGAGAGGCUGUCCACUGUUAGCCACGGCAGAACUUGUGGCGAUGAACCCUCUCGAACUAGCUGUUAUCGAAGGCCACAAGGAUGUCGUGGCUCUUCUGCUGGAGCGUCGCCCUCAUUCUAGCUUACGGCCUGAUUCGAUCUUUGCCUUAGAGACUGCCAUCAGUCGAUGCGAUAAGAAUAUUGUCAAGUUGCUGAUAGGAGCUGGAGCCCCGAAGAUAAGAUCUCCUAGGGGUUUAGAAGGGCCUAUCAGUACCGCGAUCGCGAACGAUCGUCCAGACGUGGUUCAGUUUCUCUGUCGCUCUGAUAAUACUAUUUGGGCGCAGAAAACCUCAAAGCGAGAUGAAGCCACGCAUGCUUUGCUACAUCUUUCUAACGACGCCACACCAUAUCCAUACGAUGGGUCCAGGUUCGAGCAACAUGUAACCAUUUUAGUUCGAGCAGGCGCAUCCCCGGACGGUAUCGCAUCAUAUAAUGAAAGUCUAGGGUUAAGGAAGUGGAAGCAUGGAGUGUUACAGUUCCUACAUACUCAUGGAAUCACUUUCCAAGCCCUGGGCCCGUUUCCAAGCGGUAAAACACCUCUGAUGCUAGCCAUUUCCUCAAUGCAUCUGAGUUGGCCUGAUGUUGACCCAAAAGACAUAAUACAGCCCCUUUUGGAUUCUGGUGCGUCCGUUAAUCAGACCGAUCGUCGAGGUUGGACUGCUUUACAUUAUGUUGCCAACGAGAUUACUCUGGGAAGGGCGAGGAGAGAAUGGGAAGAGAUGGAUGAUGGGGAAGAGUACAAGUUAUAUCAGAUCGCUGGACUUCUAAUCGCGGCUGGUGUUGAUCAGGAUGUGAAAGACAAGCAAGGUCGAAAGGCAGUUGAUAUCCUCGGAGUUGUGGGUGCACCGGUUUGGAAGCGUGAUUUUACGAAGCCAGAGGGCUCGAGGAUUAGAUCUACAAGAAGGAUGUCUCUGGAAUAG